UCCUCCUCUUCGCUGACUCGCGCGCUCGCUCUGCUGCUGCUGCCGCCGCCGCCGCCCGCGAGCGAGCGUACUGCGCAUUUGCGUGGGUGUGGGGGGGAGCGGCGUCUCCUCGUCGUCGGGCGGGCGGUUUCGAUCUGAUCGGGGGCGGCCACGUGCGUGCGUGCGUGGGGUACGUUGGGAGCGGAGCUGCACGUCGGAUGGUGUGAUCGGGAGGGCGAUGCGGGGAGGCGCGGCGCGUGGAGGAGGGGGCGGGGGCGGGGGCUUGGUGGUGGUGCUCGUCGUCGUCGCCGUCGCCGUCGCCGCAUUUCCGGGGCUCGCGCGCGCGGACACCGUCGCCGCGGAUGUCUCUGCUAUAAAUGGACUGUACAUCUCACUGGGAUCACCAAAACUUCCUGGAUGGUCGGGAAAUGGUGGAGACCCCUGCAGCGAGCUUUGGCAGGGUGUUGUAUGCACCGGCUCAAGUAUAACCUCAGUAACAAUGAAUGCUGCAAACUUGGGUGGUCAGCUCGGAGGCUUAGGGAACUUCACCUCAAUCAUCACCAUAAAUCUUAGUAACAAUAAAAUUGGUGGAACUAUACCAGAAGACCUACCGGUUACGUUGCAGCAUCUUUUCCUUUCAGCUAAUCAGCUCACUGGAAGCAUUCCAAGUUCAUUGGCAAAACUUAAAAGUUUGGCAGACAUGUCACUCAAUGACAACCAACUAAAUGGGGUACUGCCAGAUGCUUUUGUUUCACUUGUUGGACUUGUAAAUUUGGAUAUUUCUUCUAACAACUUGACUGGUGUGUUACCACCAUCAAUGAAAAAUCUCUCAUCUUUGACUACAUUGCACAUGCAAAACAAUCGACUGUCUGGGACUCUUAAUGUCUUGCAGGAUCUCCCUCUUAAAGACUUGAAUAUAGAGAAUAAUUUGUUUUCUGGACCAGUGCCUCCGAAGUUACAGAGCAUACCAAACUUCAAAAAGGAUGGGAAUCCAUUUAAUACCAGUAUAGCCCCUUCUGCAUCACCGCCAUCAACACCUGGAGGACCAGCACCAACUCCAACACCAACGAGACCAGCACCAAGUCCAACACCAACAGGACCUCCAACACCAUCGCCUACCAGUCCAAAUCUAGCACCAUCACCGUCACCUCCAUCCCCUUCAGCCCCUCCACCGUCCGCAAACUCCUCUGAUGGGCCAACUACCCGAGACAGCAUUUCAUCAUCUAAGAAACAGAAUUCAUCAACCCUCAAAAUUGUUGGAUUUGUUUUUCUUGGAGUAGUGCUGUUCAUAGUUAUAGUCCUGCUGGUAAUAUUUUGUUUGUCCAAGUACCAAGAGAGACGGUCAAGAUAUGAUUAUAAUUAUAACAGAAGUCAGUUGGCAAGGGUGCAUCAUACGGUUGACCCCAGAAUCAACCCGUCUACGGUGCAACCAAGGGAUAAUGCUAAAAAAGGUUCAGGUGAGACCCGUGAUAUGAGGGGGAGUGAGCAAAGUUUGGCACAAGCAGGCAUCCCUAAGAAGUCUCCUGAGAACCAAGGAGAGCAUCUAAUUAAUUUGGAGCGCGUAGAUUUACCAUAUCAUUCCACAGUUGCUUCACCACCCCCUCCGCCCCCUCCACCUCUAGUUUUGCCAUUUCCUGUUGAAAAAGUUACUGUAAAUCCAGUUCCUCUAGAAAAGAGAUACACCAGUCCACCAAGGACAAGCAACCGAGCUUCUGCCACACCAUUCACUGUUGCGUCUCUUCAGCAAUACACAAGCAGUUUCAGAGAGGAAAAUUUGAUAAGAAAGAGUAGAUUAGGAAAGGUAUACCUAGCAGAGUUUCCUAACGGAAAGUUUUUGGAAGUUAUGAAGAUUGACAAUACUAAUGGAAGAAUAUCAGUAGAUGACUUUCUAGAACUGGUUCAACUUGUGUCGGAUAUCAAGCAUCCUAACAUUCAUGAGUUAGUUGGAUAUUGUGCUGAAUUUGGGCAGCGGUUACUCGUGUAUAAUCACUUCAGUACAAAAACACUAGAUGAUGCACUUCAUGAUACAGAGGGCGAUGAUAGUACACUCUCAUGGAAUGCUCGCCUCCAGGUUGCUCUUGGUUCAGGAAAAGCCUUAGAAUAUCUCCAUGAAAGCUUCCAACCCCCAAUUGUGCAUCAGAAUUUUGAACCUGCUAAUGUUCUCCUUGAUAAUAAAUUUUCAGUGCGUGUCACUGAAUGUGGACUAGAAAAAUUGAUGGCAUCAAGUCCUGUCAGUCAGUUGUCUGAUCGGAUGCAUGCACUGUUAAAUUAUGAACCACCCGAGUCCCGGGAAUCUGGGACAGUUACAGAACAAGGUGAUGUUUACAGUUUUGGAGUAGUGAUGCUAGAAAUUCUUACUGGGCGUAAACCAUACGAUAGGUCGCUCCCACGUGCUGAGCAACAUCUUGUUAGAUGGGCCAAUUCUCAGCUUCAUGACAUAGAAUCACUGUCCAAGAUGGUGGACCCUUCUAUACAAGGGCAAUGUUCUGAGAAAGCAUUGUCACGAUUUGCUGACAUAAUCAGCCGCUGUAUCCAGGAAAACCCACAAUUCAGGCCGCCAAUGUCUGAAGUUGUCCAAGACUUAACUAGAAUUGUAAAUGCCACUGGUGAGGAAUCGGAGUAAACCACAAAUCAAAGGACAUACAGAAUCACGUGAACCAAGUUGCCUGUAGAUAACUGGGAGGAAAUUCUUUCGACACAUUCUGGGGAAAAUACUGGCAAAGAAACUAUUUUUCCUAGAGCAGUAUACACUAACACCAUAACGCGUGUCAACUUGGAGCCACAUUUACACAGGAAAGGAUAAUGGAGGUACAGCCAACAUGUACUUAGUGUUGCAAACCUGAAAUUGAUGUAUUCUUUUCGAGACAUGGUACCAUACCCGCUUCAUGUAACCAAAAUUCAUGAUUUGGUUAAAUUUUGUGCCUUAAUUUGGCUAUCAUCAUUCUCUGCUCGUCUUCAUAUUGUGUUUACCAUCUGUAGACCUGGGAAAAGAAUUGCUCGGUCGUCCAUUUCUGUAAAGAUCU